UGUUCAUGGUUGUUAUGUAAAGACAUUCAAACAUGUGGAUAAUCAUAUUUCGCUAAGUGUUGAUGUUAUUUUUUCAGAUUCACAUGUGUAACAUCUCAUCUCCCCAUCUUCACUCUUGCCUCUUCCAUCUCUUAACGAAUUAAAUCAUAACUUUCACUUUCAAUCAAAUCUUUUAUUUUUCCCUUUUUCUCAUAUGCUCAGUGGUGGUUUUUUAGCUACCAAAUAACUCAUUUCGUAAGGUGCGAAGAAGGAAGAUAAUUUGAUUAUACUUCUUGGAUUUGCAAUUGAUUCAUUCAACAAAAACAUUUUCUAUCUAUCAUCUUGAUUCGUGUGAUAUUCCCGUGACAUUACAUGGGGAUAUCCACAGACAACGUAACUGGACUUGUUCUUGCGGUUUCUUCAAGCAUUUUCAUUGGCACUAGUUUUAUUGUUAAAAAGAUGGGGCUAAAAAAAUCCAGCACCAGAGGAAGAAGCGCAGCCUCGGGAGGACAUGCAUAUUUGUAUGAACCUUGGUGGUGGAUUGGAAUGAUCUCAAUGAUUGUUGGAGAAAUUGCCAAUUUUGCAGCUUAUGCAUUUGCACCUGCAAUACUUGUGACUCCAUUAGGAGCUUUAAGCAUCAUUGUUAGUGCAGUACUAGCUCAUUUCAUAUUGGAAGAGAAAUUGCACAUCUUUGGCAUGCUUGGAUGUGCUCUUUGUAUGGUGGGAUCUACAACUAUUGUUUUGCAUGCUCCACAUGAAAGAAUUAUUCAUUCCGUGAGGGAAGUGUGGCAUCUUGCCACAGAGCCAGGUUUUAUUGUCUAUACUUGUGUAGUUGUGGUUCUAGUUUUUGUCCUCAUUUUCUACUGUGUUCCAAGAUAUGGCGAGAGACAUCUUGUCGUAUAUGUUGGAAUAUGUUCUCUCACUGGCUCACUUACGGUUAUGGGUGUGAAAGCCGUGGGAAUAGCUAUAAAGCUUACAAUUGAAGAGACAAAUCAAUUCACUUACUUCCAAACUUGGUUUUUUACUUUGUUUGUUAUAGGAUGUUGUAUCUUGCAAAUCAACUACCUGAACAAGGCCUUGGACACCUUUAACACAGCGGUUGUAUCACCAGUUUACUACGUCAUGUUUACAUCACUUACCAUCUUUGCCAGCAUAAUCAUGUUUAAGGACUGGGACUCACAAAACGCAUCACAAAUUGCUACUGAGUUAUGUGGCUUUGUCACAAUUUUAUCAGGAACAUUUCUCCUUCACAAGACAAAAGAUAUGGGAAAUAAACCACCCGAACAAUCUCCUGCUUCUUCAACACCAGACCAAGCUAAUACUGAUAAUAACCCAAGCACAUGAAAAAUGCAUGGAUUAUUAAACUAACAACUGUCUUUCAUAUUUGUUCGCGAACUAAACAAGUUUGAAAAAAACGAUUUCAUAGAAAAGAAGCACAUAGAAAGAGUGAGUGAGUGACACUGUCCCAUUUAAACAAGCUUGUAGUGUUGAAAAUGACAAAGCAGAAAGCAUAAUGUGAAUGUGAAAGACUAAAGGAAACAUUUAUGAAGGAAAAAAAUCCAUAUAAAAGUAUCUCAAUCUAGGUUGUAAUACUUUUUUUCUUGUUAUCGACAUUCUUAUUUUUUAUGUGCAAUUUUGAAGUGCUAAUAAUAGC